AUGGAGGCUUUCCCCUGGGCACCCCGCUCGCCCCGCCGCGGCCGCGCCCCCCCGCCCAUGGCGCUCGUGCCCAGCGCCCGCUACGUGAGCGCCCAGGGCCCGGCGCACCCGCAGCCCUUCAGCUCGUGGAACGACUACCUGGGGCUCGCCACGCUCAUCACCAAGGCGGUGGACGGCGAGCCCGGCUUCGGCUGCGCCCGCGGUGCGGACGGCGGCGGCGGUUCCCCGCCCUCCUCCUCCUCCUCCUCGUCCUGUUGCUCCCCCCACGCAGGGGCCGGGCCGGGGGCGCUGGGGCCCGCGCCCGGGCCACCAGACUACGAUGAGGACGACGACGACGACAGCGACGAGCCGGGGUCCCGGAGCCGCUACCUGGGGGGCGCGCUGGAGCUGCGCGCGCUGGAGCUGUGCGCGGGCCCCGCCGAGGCCGGGCUGCUGGAGGAGCGCUUCGCCGAGCUGAGCCCGUUCGCGGGUCGCGCCGCCGCCGUUCUGCUGGGCUGCGCGCCCGCCGCCGCCGAAGUGACGCCGCGCGAGGAGCGGGCCCCGGCGUGGGCGGCCGAGCCCCGGCUGCACAGGGCCUCCGGGGCGGCGGCCGCGCGGCUGCUCAAGCCCGAGCUGCAGGUGUGCGUGUUCUGCCGGAACAACAAGGAGGCGGUGGCGCUCUACACCACCCACAUCCUGAAGGGCCCCGACGGGCGAGUGCUGUGCCCCGUGCUGCGCCGCUACACGUGCCCCCUGUGCGGCGCCAGCGGCGACAACGCGCACACCAUCAAGUACUGCCCGCUCUCCAAAGUGCCGCCGCCGCCCGCCCCCCGCCCGCCGCCGCGCAGCGCCAGGGACGGCCUGCCGGCCAAGAAGCUGCGCUGA